AUGGACCCAAAACAGAGAAAAAAGUCUUAGGAGGAGAUUGUGCAAAUACCUCAAAGGAAAGCAUAAAGAGUAGCUGGAAUACAGUAAUCAUCAGGGGGACAACAUAUCUAUGAGACUUAUGUCUAAUGUCAAAAAUAAUAACAGAGAUCAGAUAUUAUUUUUAUUGUUAUGUGUUUGAAACUCCAUUUUGUUUUCAGUUUUUUGAAUGAUGCUUAACUGAAUCAUUUAGCUAGUUAGAUGUUUUAUUGCAAAUUAUAGAAAGGACAAUCUAUUAUCAAAUAAGGAGAUGGUGCCAAUGCAUUCUUUAUCUUAGAAAAGGGUAAAAUAUAAGUAUUCAUAAAUGGACAGGCCAAAAAACAAUUGAUAUCAGGUAAUGGAUUGGGUGAACUAGCUUUAUUAUAUGAUGCGCCAAGGAGUGCCACAUGCACUGCAUUAGAGGAUUGCAACCUAUGGGGUAUAGAUAGAGCUACAUUUCGAAAAACAGUUGAGCAAAUUAUGAAAAGUGAAUAUGAGAGAAAUAGAAAAUAUUUGGAAAAUGCAACAUUUUUUAAUCAUUUAACAAAAGAGUAGAAGGAUGCUAUUGGGGGAGUGUUGAUUUCUUAGAAAUUUUAGACUAAUUAAAUAAUAGUUAAUAAGGGUGAUUAGGCAGACUCACUCUUUAUAAUAGCUGAGGGCAAAGUCGGCGUGUAUACAGAUGAUGGGCUAUUAAUUAGAACGUUAUCCAAGGGGGAAUAUUUUGGAGAAAACGCUCUAAUGCAGGAUAAUUGUGUGAGGGGAUUAACUGUGAAAGCAAUAGAAGAAUCACGACUUUUGGCUUUGGGGAGAGAAACCUUAACUAAAAUAUUGGGGGAUGGAGUGUAAAUGAUAAUUUACAAGAAUCAAUGCAAAUGGAUUCUUCAGCAGUCUAAAAUUAAUUUAAUAAUUUAAAUAGAUUAAUUUUUGGACUUAUUAACAAUAAGAAAAUUGAAAAAAGGAGACAUAAUUAUUAACAAAGGAUAAUUGCAUGGAGAAUUGAUUAUCGUGAUAGAUGGAAAAGUCAGCGAUUCUAAUUAAAAUUCGGUUUGUGAGAAGGGCAAAAUCUUAUUGGAUAAAACGGUUGAAUCUAAUGGAACCCAUGAUUAGGAUUAUUUUAUGUUAGAAGAUGGUAUAAUAGCAGCCAUUGAUUAUAAUAUAGUAAAAAAAUAGUUUGGUGAAUAACAACAAAUUUUAGAAGUAUAUACUUAAUAAGCCAAUAACUAAGUUAAUAAAGUGAAGGACUAUUCAUUGGAAGAUCUGAACUAUUUAAAAACUUUAGGUUGUGGAUAAUUUGGAAUGGUGUAUUUGUGCUAGUUUAAGAAUGAAUAGUCAUUAUUUGCAUUAAAAAUAAUGACAAGAGCAAAUAUCAAGUAGUUUGGGAUAGCAAAACAUGUUGCAAAUGAGAGAAGAGUAUAAUCCAUUUUAGAUCACCCUUUAAUUAUGCGUUUCUUUCGAUCAUUCAAAGACGAUAAUAAUAUCUACUUGUUAAACGAGUACAUUCCUGGAAUUGAAUUAUUCGAUGCUAUUCGAGAAAUUGGAUUAUUAAAUAAAAACGAUUCGUAGUUUUAUAUAUCUUAGAUGAUAUUGCAAACAGAAUAUUUACAUACAGUUCAUUAAGUAAUGUAUAGAGAUUACAAACCAGAAAAUCUUAUGGUUGAUGAUACAGGCUAUUUGAAAUUGAUUGACUUUGGAACUGCUAAAUUAAAUUAACCUGGACAGAAAACAUUCACUAUCAUUGGAACUCCACAUUAUAUGGCACCAGAAGUGAUAAGUGGAAAAGGAUAUAAUUAGAUGGUUGAUUUAUGGAGUGUUGGAGUUAUCCUCUAUGAAUUUGUCUGUGGCGGUUUGCCUUUCGGAGAAGAUGCAGAAGAUCCCUUUGAGAUAUACAAGGAAAUCACUAAGAAACCAUUAUCCUAUCCUUCUUAUAUGUCUGAUAAAUCUGCCAAGAUUUUUAUUGAACAAUUGCUCAACCGUAUCCCUGAAUUACGUCUAGGAGGAUCAUAUUAGACUUUAAAGUAACAUGCUUGGUUUAAGGACUUCCAAUGGGAUGUCUUGAUUACCAAGAAACUCAAACCAGUAUAUAAACCAUCUGCAAAUAAAAUCAUAACCAAUGCAUAGGUUUAAUUGAUGAAAAGGUUGCCAUUAUUUGAAUAGAUGCUUAAAGAUGCAUAAUACUUCAAAAAAUAAUAACCUAAUCCCAAAGAUAGUGAAUGGGAUAAUGAAUUUUGA